CUCUGCUCCUGCCCCGGCUCCUCGCUCCUGUCCCCCCCUCCGUUGCUCGCGACUUGCUGCAGCCCGGUGCCUUGUGUAAGAGACGCGACCUGUUAUGGCCACCACUACUUCCGGGUUUCAGCAGUCUGGUGGAGAUCCUCCUCUUCUCCUCCUCUGCUCAACACACACAUCCAUUGUACACAAACGGGCAGGCUGUUCUCACACACACACACACACACACAUCUACACCGAGGAGAGCGAACUCCUACAUAUACACUCCACACACACACACAGAGAGGGAGAGAGAGAGAGAGAGGGAGAGAGAGCGCAUCGAUCGUGGCUCCUUUAAGAAAGCCCCAGCCAGAAUUAUCACCCCACCUCCUCUUGAUCUCCUCUGGACGCUUUUGCAUAAGAAAAUCAAGCCGGGAGUCGAGAGUGAUCAAAGAAAAGCAGAGGAGAGCUGCUCCAUUUUUUAACUCUGAUUGUGAGCCUUAUCGUGGACGCUGGUGCCGAUCCCGUGGAGACGCGCGUCCGACCAUCAUUCAUCCGGUACUUCUGACAAGCUCUCGCGUUUUUGACUGACAAGCGGAGUGGCCAGAAAGAAGGAGAAGAAGAAGGAGAAGAAGAAGAGAAAAGCCAUGAGAGUCGCCACUUGUCUCUGAGAGACGGAGCUCUUUUCUGUUUUCUUUUUUUUUUUGUUUUUGUAUUUUUUUUUUUGUUUUUGUUGUUGGAAAUUUUAUUCCGUCUUUUUUUGUGACGAAGCAGGAGUCUUCUGACGCCGCCGCCGCUGCUGCUGCUGCUGCUGCUGCUGCUGCUGCCGCUGCUGCCCCCGAGGAUAGCCGCGGAGCUGCGUCCACCGCCCGGGCUUAAGUUGCGCAGAGAGCGGACGGAGGAACUGGCUGCUGCUUCUUCUUCUUCUUCUUCAGCGCUCAGUGGAAAACAAGGCGAACGGGAUUUUUGGCUGGCUGGCCGGCACUCCUCCUCCUCCUCCUUCUCUUCUUCUCCUUGUCUUUAUAUUUGGAUUUUCUUCCUUUAUUUCGCCUGCACCCUGGCCGCAGAGGGGAUUUAUCUGAACUGAGACCAGGACGACCAGGGAGACAGGAGGGUUAUGGCGCAACGGUACGAAGACCUGCCCCACUACGCCAUGGACGGCGUGGGCAUCCCGACCACCAUGUACGGAGACCCGCACGGCGCCCGCUCCAUGCAGGCGGUGCACCUCAACCACGGGCCCCAGCUGCACUCCCACCAGUACCCGCACACCGCCCACACCAACACCAUGCCUCCCAGCAUGGGCUCUUCAGCCAACGACGCCCUCACGAGAGACAAAGACGCCCUUUACGGGCACCCACUGUUCCCUUUGCUUGCACUGAUUUUUGAGAAAUGUGAAUUAGCGACUUGCACCCCCAGAGAGCCCGGGGUGGCGGGAGGAGACGUCUGUUCAUCGGAAUCUUUCAAUGAAGACAUAGCAGUGUUUGCAAAACAGAUUCGUGUAGAAAAGCCUUUAUUUUCAUCGAAUCCAGAGUUGGAUAAUUUGAUGAUUCAAGCCAUCCAGGUUUUACGGUUUCAUCUUCUGGAGCUGGAGAAGGUUCACGAGCUGUGUGAUAAUUUCUGCCACCGGUACAUCAGCUGCUUGAAAGGAAAGAUGCCCAUUGACCUGGUCAUAGAUGACAGAGAGGGUGGAUCCAAAUCAGACAGCGAGGAUAUCACAAGAUCAUCAAUGCCCCUUGACCAGACGUCCUGGAACAGAGAUCACGAUGACACAGGGUCCACGCGCUCCGGAGGAACGCCAGGGCCGUCCAGCGGUGGACACACGUCACACAGCGGCGACAACAGCAGCGAACAAGGUGACGGCCUGGACAACAGCGUCGCCUCACCGAGUACAGGGGACGACGAUGACCCAGAAAAGGAAAAGAAACACAACAAGAAGAGAGGGAUCUUCCCCAAAGUGGCCACCAACAUCAUGAGAGCAUGGCUCUUCCAGCACCUAACGCAUCCAUAUCCCUCAGAAGAACAGAAGAAACAGUUGGCACAAGACACAGGCCUCACCAUCCUACAAGUGAACAACUGGUUUAUUAAUGCGAGGAGGAGAAUAGUCCAGCCCAUGAUCGACCAGUCAAACCGCGCAGUAAGUCAAGGAGCUCCCUACAACCCAGAUGGUCAGCCGAUGGGGGGCUUCGUCAUGGACGGCCAACAGCACAUGGGAAUCAGACCACCUGGUCCGAUGGGGGGCAUGGGCAUGAACAUGGGCAUGGAAGGACAGUGGCACUACAUGUAGCCCCCCCCUCCAGUCCGGCCAAUCGCAACAGAGAGGAGGAUAACUGAAGGUCAAGGCGGGGGGGUCAUCUGUCCCACAGAAGCCUGUGGAGCAGUGGACAUCCAGACACCAACUUCCAGACGACUACAACUUUUCCGUCAACAUCCCGGGACAGACUCCAAUGUGCAACCUGGAGACCCACCACGACGGCCUUCAACAGUUUUUUUUUAUAUCCAGAGCAGGUGGGGAGGGGGCGCUGAAGAUCUCUUAUGAACCUGGUGUUCUUUAAACGCCCCCACCCCUCCCCGCCCCCCCGCUGCUUCUCUGCUGGACCCUCCUUCCUGCCCCGGGCCACUUCAGACUCUCACGGGAGUCCUCCUCUGAUGAUGACGCGAUUGGAACCGAGCGAGACAGAGACACACUGGGUCCUCUGCCCUUACCUUUGGCCAACUAGGCACUUGGUGAUAUUUUCUAGACUCAGAGACUUCCUGCAGGGGGAGCGAGCCGCUCUUUUGGGACGAUGGACCGAGGAGAAGCCGAUGUCUGUAUCUGACGGGACACUGACGCAGCGACACAGGUGCCCACUUUUACAAAUAUACCAGGAUGUAAACACGGAGGCGGGGGACGGCCGAGAGGAAAGAAAAAAGUUAAAAAAAAGUAUAACUAUAUCAAAACCCUGGUUUGGGGAGUGAGCGGAGAGAGAGAGAGAAAGAGAGAGAGAGAAAAAAUAUACUGUAUACUGAUGUAAAGUUACGCCGGACUCUGACACGAACUGGGGAUCUAAGUAUUGUAAAUGCUAUUGUAUUGUUCUGCAUAUUAUGUUGUUUCUAACAGAUUUUUUUAAAAAAGGAUGUGAACUUUUGUUUUUUCUUUUUGUUUUGUUUUUGUUUUUUUCUCCUCUGUUUUCUUUCCACACUAUGUGUGUGCCGUCUCCCCAUCAUGGAAUUUGACCUCCUGCCCCCCCCCUUCAUUAAAUCACCAUGCAUUUUUAAAAGAAAAAAAAAAUAAAGAAAUGGACAAUUUGA